AUGUCUGCCGAACCCGUCACGCAGGAUGAUGGGAUUGCCGAGAACAACGACAUCGUGCACAAGAUAGCGUCCACGUCCAACCUCAGAGAACUCAUCCAGGCAGUUCCCAGUAGCUAUCGGGCAAAACUAAAGGACUAUCUUGUGGGGGAAUAUCACAUAUACCGUCUACAUGCGAAGGUGCAGAGAACCAUCUGGGCGUACGAGCGGCACGCAAAUGAAGGUUCCUUGCCUUUCUGCGUCAGCAACGUACUCAAUGAGCCAACACUCGAGUUUACCUCGGAGUUCCUCAGGAGUACGGACGGAUACGCUGCGUUGGAGGCCUUCGAGCGCCAAGUUGCAGUCGCGCGGAGAAAUAUCUUGAACGCAGCAAUUCAGCAAAAAAAGGCAGAACUCGGCUACCUCGCUGCACGACUGGGGCCAAAUGUCGCUGAGUGGGAGAGGCUCGUCUACGAAGCGUUCGAGGGGAUCCUAGAGAACUGUGAAGGGCCCUCCAUACUGCCAGUUCAAGGAAGCCCCCACUUGGACGAGACUCCCGGCCCUGCUGUUAGAGAGUUCAACUGUUGGAGAUCACAAGUUAUGAGCCCGGAAAGCUAA